CCAUUGUUCUUACAAUAUCCUCUAUAAAGAUAGGGCGAAGACCUGUGGUAGCUUCGUGCCUCCGACCAGAUCAAGGACUUUCCCCUCCCAGAGGACUCUGAUUGCUGAACCAAAACCAGACAUCAACACUAACUUCCGCUUUGUAUCGAGCAGUUCCACUGGCCAACUGCUGUAGAUGAUCCACUGCCAGUGGCUGACCACUCUUGAACGUGGCUGUAAUUCCCAACGAGAUCAGCUUCCGAAUAUUAUCCCCGGCAGAGAUCGUGCGCCUGUGUGAUUCAAUUCUCGGCUAUGUCAUCAAGGCCUGAUCCGAUUCACUACGCACGUCGACCCCUACACAGUUCCCUGUCUGUGCCAGCCUUACUACCGGCAACUUCAGCUAGGGACUUACCCCCCAGCAAGAGGCCGUCUUUACCAUCAUUUUCUAGUCUUAUGGACACCGUCGCUAAGCAGGCUGAAAAAGGAGGUUCACAAUCGCUAAACUAUGAUUCAGGACAGACGUCAGGAGCAAGUACUGAUCGACUUUAUGAGACAGGAAAUCCAGCAAUCGUCAACCCACUGACACCGGAUUAUGGAAAUUCUGCCACAAAUAUGCCGUCGAGCGCGGCUCUUGCUCGUGGUAAGUACCUCUCAGCUCCUACGAGCGUAGGUCCAGAUUUGUAUGUCCACUGGCAGUCAAUGGGUCCACCAGUCAAUGGAGCUCGUCUCUGGAGACGUUCACCGGAUGUGGCGGAACAGACCCCGCCAGUCUGGUGUCAAGCAUCACCUUACAGCGAAUCCUCGACUGAGUCGUCAGCAUGCAUCAGGCUUACCCAGCAAAGACUGUUAUUCAUGAAGUGGCCUAGGCCGCUUCCUCGUGUCGUGGCAUGGCAUCCAGUGGGUGCAUCUAUGGUACCUACAUGGCGACAUCAUCAUUCUGAUCGCUCGACGCACGUAGAGUCUAGUCGGCGGACGGAAGACCGAUACUUAUGCCCGACAUGCAGCAAGCUCUUCUCUCGACCAAGUGGCCUGAAAAUCCAUAUGCAUUCACAUACAGGAGAAAAGCCUUACAGGAAAUGUACCCACGAUCGCGGAUUGAGGUUUGGCAGUCUAAGAGCAUGAUCCCGAUGCAGUCGACAACACCAACAUAGGAAAGGGGCAGUGUGCGUCAACUUAUGCAGUGCUUGGAGGACCAACUCAAUUACUAUUACUCAUUGGACAUUUGAGACACCUGUCGGGGAUCCAUGCUCAUUGUCCACAAGUUAAAGAAUACUGCAAUCAUAAGGGUUGUAUAGCCUAGAAUCCGAAACGCAUCGAACACGAAUCAUUGUCCUCGGUGGGACGGUAAGUGUUCGUUGACUAUACCGCAAGCGAUAGCUAUAAGUAUAAGGAGCGCGAAGCCGACUAUGCGAAUGUUCGAG